AUUACAAAUAUAACUUCCUGUGUAAGUGGUUAUGAAAUGUUUCUGGUCUUCGUUAGAAAAAAGAGUUGCUUAUAUCCAGUUAAAAAACAACAAUGGAUACCCUUAAAACUACGAUAUGUGUACUGUUGCUCUGGUCGUGGGUAAUAUUAGGAAAAUGUCAAAUGCAAGAUGAUGAGAUAGAUUGCACAUUCAACUGCACGUGUUGUAAGAAUAAAGAAUGUGGACCAGGAAAAUAUUUUGAAAAUGAAUGUAAGCACGGUUGCAUUGCCGGGUAUAGAGGGGCUAGAUGCUAUUUGAAGUGCACCCAUGAUUGUAUAAAAUGUGACCUCAAUAUUACUACAUGUAGUGAGUGUAAAACAGGAAAAUAUGGAACUGACUGUAUGCAAAACUGUUCUGUUGGAUGUUUAACAAAUAAAUGCGCAGUAAAUGAUGGAAGAUGUAAAUGCUCCGAUAAGUUCUAUGGGUACUCGUGUGAUAAAUGCCAAAUUGGGAGGUACGGACGGCUGUGUAACAAUCAAUGUUCCUUUGGCUGUAAGAACUAUGAGUGUGACAGAAUAACUGGUGAUUGCUCAGCUGGAUGUAUUGUUGACACAAUCACUGGUGAUAAAUGUGAUAGUUGUUUUGAUGGGUUUUACGGACAUCUGUGUCACAAGAUAUGCUCGAAAGGUUGUAGAAACGCUACAUGUCAUAAACAAAAUGGUGACUGUCUACUCGGAUGCACGGACGGCUUCAAUGGUUCAAGAUGUGACCAAUGCAUUGAGGGAACGCUUGUUUUGACUUGUGGAUGGGAAACAGAUAACCAGGACAGAAUUAACCAGGAAAGAGAAGAAUCAUCAAUGGGCACACAACAUGUUACAUAUGCUGUACUCGGCACAUUUCUUGCAGUUUCAGCUGUUUUGAUUUUUUUUGUUUUUGGUUGUUUACUUAAAAUAAAACUUGAAGCAUCUAGAAGUCGCAGAAAACCUGAAGAUCUGAAGAAACCAAUUGUCUUUGCUGUUUAUGAGAACACUAAGGAAAACGUUUUGCCUCAGACUGAAAGAAGUUUGUACAGUGAACUGGAACAUAAACAAGAAACUGAACAUCUAUAUAGUGCGGUGGUUUCUUGUGAUGAAAGCCAAUAAAGCAUGGUACUUUUAAAAUAUAUGCACAUCAGUACUGACGUACAACGAGAGUUAUCAGCACUAUCUACAGUGAUUUACUGUAAGGCUUCAAAUGUUGAAAGGACGGGAAAAUGUGCUGAAUAUAAAACAAAAUAAAUAAAUAUCCAGGACAUAUGGACCAGGACAGAUAUGUUUGUUGUACAUAACAACUUAUUUCUUCAACAGAUUAAAUAUAGCACAAAAAUGUAAAAAACAUGUUAUAUACACCAAUACAUUUAUAAAUGACCGCCAUGUAGAAUAUGAUAUAACGCAUAAGAAGUCAAAUAACAAAAUAGAAUAGAAUAGUUUAGAAUAGAAUAGAAUAGUUUUUAAAGAGAGAUUUAUGUCAUAGUCUACGUUGCUAAUCACUGACUUUACCCCUUGUCAUUAUGUGGAAAAUGACUGUUGAAAACGUUUAACCAAUUUGUAUAACAUUGUCAUAUGUUAAACGUGUAUAUACACCUGGGUUUAUGUUCAUUUCUGUUAAAAUGGUAUGAUAAGGGUUAUUUGUUGUCAUUCCGCUAUUUUCAUUAUAUAUUCUCGAUUAAACAAUACAUUUCUUUU